AUGAUGCGCUUCUUCUGGCUUGGUGCCGCCUUGGGGACAACUGCUGUCUUGGCUCAAGGCAUAAGCAGCUGUCCUGGGUACGCUGCCGCGAAUGUAAAGCACUAUGACAAGACAAUAACUGCGGAUUUGACUUUAGACGGCAGCCCGUGCAACGCGUAUGGGGAUGACAUUAAGGAUUUGAAGCUGCUUGUUGAAUACCAAACAGGGAAUCGGUUGCAUAUCAAAAUUUACGAUGCCAAUGAGCGUGUAUAUCAGAUUCCCAAUGACUUGCUAGCAAUGCCCGAGUCUGAAAAGUUCUCAGAACCUGAAGACUUGGUCUUUUCUAUGCAGCACGCACCCUUCUCGUUUUCCGUCACUCGCAAGUCCAACGGCCAAGUCCUCUUCAACACUACCGGCCAGACGCUCGUUUUCGAGUCACAGUAUCUCAGGCUUCGAACCUCGCUGCCCAGUAAUCCAAAUAUCUAUGGCCUGGGCGAGAGUUCGGAUCCUUUCCGCCAUGAUCCUCAGAACUACUCGCACGUCGAUUGGAACUCUGGUCAACCAUUCAUGCCGCAAAAUUCCAAUUUGUAUGGUUCUUAUCCUAUCUACUACGAUCAUCGCGGCAGCAAGGGUACUCAUGCGGUAUAUCUCCACAACUCAAACGGGAUGAAGAUCAAUCUUGGCGCGGAUACAGAAGAGUUUCUGGAAUAUAACACUAUUGGAGGCGUUUUCGACUUUUAUUUCCUCUCUGGACCAAGCCCAAAAGAUGUUUCAGUCCAGUUCGCUGAAAUAAUUGGCUAUCCGACUCUAAUGCCGUACUGGGGCUUUGGUUUCCAUCAGUGUCGAUAUGGCUACCAAGACACCUAUGAGACAGCCGCUGUAGUAGCAAACUACAGUGCCGCAAACAUCCCGUUGGAGACUAUCUGGAACGACAUCGACUAUAUGGACUACCGUUCCACAUUCUCUUUGGACCCGCUGCGAUUUCCUUUGAGCAGAAUGCAACAGUUCGUCAACUAUCUUCAUGACCAUGACCAGCACUACAUCAUGAUGGUAGACCCUGCCGUCGCCUCUCGAGACUAUCCACCCUUCCACGACGGUAUGGCCAAAGACGCGUUCAUGAAGCAGGACAAUGGCACCUUAUACACAGGGGUUGUCUGGCCGGGACCGACUAACUUCCCCGAUUGGUUUGCACCCAACGCACAAGCCUUCUGGGACCAGCAGUUCGACACAUUCUUCAACGCUGCUAGCGGUGUGGACAUCGAUGGGCUUUGGAUAGACAUGAAUGAGGCAUCCAACUUCUGCGACUAUCCAUGCCCAGAUCCAAAGCAGUUUUCUAUCGAGAGCCGGGACCCGCCACGUCCACCUCCGGUGCGAAUGUACUCGCCGUACAAGAUUCCCGGAUUUCCUGAGAACUUUCAGCCGCAUUGCAUGGCUACUGUUACUUUCAUGGUGGACUCUGAGAUUCCAAACGGGGAUGACCUCCUCUUACUUGGAAGUGCGUUAUCGAUAGGGAACGACACGCCAUUCUAUGCGCCAGACAUGCAAGGCACGAAUGGGACCUGGAAUCUCACGGUUCAGUUGCCUGCGAAUUCAAAGGUUACAUAUUCGUAUCCUCUCUAUACACACGAGGGUCUUUACAUAUUCGAGGCACAAAAUCGGACAAUCCAAACAAAAGACUGUGGCUCAGUGGCUUCAGUCUCAGAUCACUGGACGGUCCCUAAUACAACCGCAGUGGCCGUCCCUGAAACCCAAUAUGCUCUAAAUCGGUCACACCGUGUGAGAAGGGAUGACGGCUCUUCCGACCCGAAAGGAUCCAUGCAGGGUUUGCCGGGACGUGAUCUGAUCUCUCCGCCGUACGAUAUUGGAGCUUAUUUCGGCCCACUGAGUUCACAAACCCUGCCGACCAACUUGCACCACGCCAAUGGCCUAGCAGAGUACGAUGUCCAUAAUUUCUACGGGAGCAUGAUGGGCAGACGUAGUCGCAAUUCGUUGAUAAAACGUCGACCGGGGAAAAGGCCGCUUAUGUUAGUUCUCGAACACGUUGAUAAUUUGAAGCUGUCCUUGCUCACAUUCUGCACAGCAUCACGCGUUCAACUUAUGCUGGCGAUUCUGCUCGAGUCGGGUAAGCCUUACCCGUAUCUAACCUCUCUUCCAGAACUAACAUUCAUCCUCAGGCACUGGUUCGGAGACAACCGCUCCAUUGACAGCGACUACCGCCUCCAAAUCAUCCAGAUGAUCCAAUUCGUCGCCAUGUUCCAGGUGCCAAUGGUAGGCUCCGACGUCUGCGGCUUCAACUACGACACCAACCCCAUCCUCUGUGCGCGCUGGGCGGUUCUCGGAGCAUGGAAUCCGUUCUACCGCAACCACGCAGAGGAGACUACCAUAUACCAAGAAUUUUACCGAUGGCCAAUUGUUGCGAAUGCUGCUCGCGGAGCCAUUGCCACGCGAUAUAAGCUCCUCGACUACAUGUACACAAACUUUCACCGGCAGAGCACAACUGGCACUCCGAUGCUGACUCCGUUGAUGUGGGAGUAUCCCGAUGAUGCCAACACCUUCGCCAUUGACUUGCAGUUCUUCCAUGGCGAUGCUUUCUUGGUGUGUCCCGUCACGACGCCUAACGAGACGAGCGUGACCUUCUACAUGCCAAAGGACACAUUCUAUGACUUUGACACUUUUGAAAAGAUCGAGGGAAAGGGAGCUAAUAUAACUCGCAAUAAUGUCGGAUAUUCUGAAAUUCCUGUGUACAUCCGAGGUGGCAACAUCAUCGCCAUGCGCGCCAAAAGUGCCUACACAACAACAGCACUCCGGCGAGAAGAUUUUGAGCUCAUCAUCGCUCCUGAUGCUCAUGGGCGUGCCUCGGGAGACCUGUAUCUUGAUGACGGCGAUUCUCUGGAGCCCACCGAAACCAGUCUACUUCAGUUCAGCUAUAACAAGGGUGUCCUGGAAAUGGACGGCAGUUUUGGCUACCAACCGGGUGUAAAGAUCUCCGCAAUCAAGCUGCUUGAUGUCGCCGAGUCAAAGUGUGGCGGACACAAUGCGGCAAAGCAAACACUAACGCAAAGUGUGGAAUUGCCCUUAACACACAAGUUUUCGGUCAACAUUGAUCAAUGUUGA